UUAUGGAUGAAGGAAAAGAGUGACACGGCGUUCCUAUUAGACAAUCUUCCUGGGAAGGAGAAAGAAAACGGAAGAGAUGAGAAGAAGAAGAGACACACAAUCACUCUAAAACCAAAAAAUCCUAACUCCUCCAAAACGCAAACUUUAUAAACUUAAAUCAUUAAUUAAUCACUGUAAUGUCAUCUUCUUCCACGCAACUACAACGAAAACAAAGCAAAAACCCUCUUCUCUUUUUUCUUUGCGUUCUUCUCCCAACUUGUGACUCGUUCUUGAAAUUCUUCAUCCAUCACUUUAUUUUUUCCCGAAUUCCAUUGCUUCACCUCGAUUCCUCUGUUACCGCUUCAUUGUCUAACUGCUUCCACCUUCUCUGCUCAGUUCAAGGUGCUUCUCCCCCUUCAAAUCUUUUUGGAAUGUCAGUGUUGAUGCUGUGAGAUUGAUCAUGAUCAGGACCUUGUCAUAACCAUUUUGGUCUUUUGGGCAUGGACUGGCUGUUUAUGCUCACUGUUAGUGUCUGUGAACAAUGUUUAGCAGGCAAAGGGGUGCCAGUGCUUUUAGUAUAUUCAAAUGGAAACAUCCAGGUGCAUCAUCUCUGACAACAGCUUUACUUCAGGAAGACCUGCCGGAGAUUGAAUUGUCUGAUUAUGGAAAGAUCCCUAGUCCAGGCAGUGAGAGCCCUUCAGGGCUUCUGAAUGGUGAGAGCCUAAAUGUAGAGCCAAUUAGUGAUUUGGAUCUCUUCUCUGAAAGGCUUUACAGCUACUAUUGUGAGAAAGGGCUAUGGUGCAUCGUUAUAAAGUGGAUUGUUGAACUUCUUAGUCUGGGGUUCACCAUAUGUUUUUCAGGAUUUUUUUUACUAUAUGUUGAUUGGAAUGGGCUCCGUAAUGCUAAGUGUGGGAUGGAUGCAGUUGAAUCUGGAAUUAAGCCCUGUGAUCUUGCUAAAGAAGCUCUUCAUCAACACCCUUUAACCCCACUAACACUUACCAAAUCUAUUAUUGUUGGAUACUUGGGAAUAUUUUCCAUCUAUUUGAUUUUUUGCUUCUUGAGAUUCUUUGCUCAACUAAAGGAUACUCUGGAAAUCCGGCAUUUUUACUACAACAAUCUCCAUGUUACCGACAAUGAAAUCCAAACCAUGCCCUGGGCUACAAUUCUUGAAAAAGUUGUUCUGGUACAAAGGUCUCGUCAACUUUGUGUGGUAAAAGAUCUUUCUGCCCAUGACAUUGUCAUGCGGUUGAUGAGGAAGGAGAACUACUUAAUUGGAAUGCUCAACAAGGGUGUACUAGCUUUCCCUAUUUCACAGUGGUUUCCAGGUGCUGGUCCUACAGUGAAUUCUAGUUCUAAUGGAACACAGAAUCGUGUAAUACUAACCAAGACCCUUGAGUGGACUUUGAAUUGGUGCAUCCUGCAGAGCAUGUUUGAUCGAAACUUUUGUGUCAGAAGGGAUUUUGUGUCAAAUCCAAAGACAUUACGAAAAAGGCUAAUGGUAGUUGGGCUUGCAAUGCUUUUAGUCUCUCCAUUUCUAGUCAUAUUCAUGCUGGUAUAUCUCUUUCUGAGGCAUGCUGAGCAAUUUUAUAAUCACCCUAGCACGGCAUCAUCUCAAAGAUGGUCAAAUUUGUCAAGGUGGAUCUUUAGGGAAUUCAAUGAGGUGGACCAUCUCUUCAAGCACCGGAUUAAUUGUGGUGUAUUGCAUGCUUCUGAUUAUCUCAAGCAGUUUCCUUCACCUAUCAUAUCUAUCAUUGCAAAAUUCAUAUCUUUUGUAUCGGGUGGCUUUGCUGCAAUUCUGAUCAUCAUUGCUUUUCUCGAGGAGUCUCUACUAGAGGGCCAUGUAUUUGGUCGGAACUUGUUUUGGUAUGCUGCUGUUUUUGGAACUAUAACUGCCAUUAGCCGGGCUGCCAUUACCAAUGAGGUUCUAGUCUUAGACGCUGAUGGAGCAAUGUCUAUGGUGGUCCAACAUACACAUUAUAUGCCAAAGAGAUGGCGUGGCAAAGAAAGUACUGAAAUGGUCCAUGUUGAGUUUGAAACCUUAUUCCAGUAUACUGGAAUGAUGUUACUUGAGGAGAUGGCCUCAAUUUUCCUCACUCCAUACUUACUUUUGUGUAUUGUCCCAAAGCGGGUUGAUGAUAUCUUGCAGUUCAUUGCUGAUUUCACUGUAAAUGUUGAAGGUGUUGGCCAUGUUUGCAGUUUUAGUGCCUUUGAUUUUCAAGAGCAUGGAAACAGUCAUUAUGGUUCCCCUUGCAAUGCACCUCGUAGCCGGAGGAGUUCCCAAGGGAAGAUGGAGAAAUCAUUGCUGAGCUUUCAGAGUAGUUACCCAUCAUGGGAACCAAGUGCUCUGGGGAAGCGGUUUUUGCUAAAUCUUAGAAGAUUUAGAGAGGAAACGUUACCUGUACAUGGAAACGUACAUGCACCUUCCCCUCCUAGAAUGUGGAGGGGUAGUCCCAAUAUUGGAGACAGAUACAGGUUUAUAUCCAGGGAAAUGCUAUACAGUACUCGUGACAAUCACUUGGGUUCUUUGUGGUUGGUUGAAGCUAACCAAAACAAUCAUCCUUAUCUUCUUGAUUGGUACUAUACAUCCCGAUCUCAUGACACAAAUCCAGGAGACGUUCCUUUAGAAGAACCAUUUGGAUCUCAUGAUGUGAAUCUGGGAGAUGUGCAUUUAGAACCAUUUGGAGUAAUAAAGCAUAGUUCUAGAGAGUUUUUGAUGGCCCCCUCCAACUUGACACAGAAUGAAAGUGGGUAUGAGGAAUACUCAGACGAGUUUCAUGAUGGUUGGGCUGCAUCACAUCUUGGAACUUCCACUUCAGCUCCCAUCUUCAGGAAAAGCGUGAUCCACAAUCAAAGUUAUAAUGAACUGUCCCAUACUACCAGCAGUCAUUGGUGGGCUAGAAGUGAUCCACGGGGUGGACAGACUCAGACAAGCAUUUUUGAGCCUCCAGCUUUCAACCACCAAACAUAUGAUUAUCAUGAUAAGUUUUCUGAUAGAGAAUCAGAGGAUCAAGAUCAUGAACAAAGCAUGUAUUCUAGAGAUGAUCACAGAUUAUCUAGAACAUACACAGAUGACUUAGGGGCAGGGGAAUUUAAUCUUCAUUUUGAUGAUAUUUACAGCAGACCUCCAGAAACUCCACCUGCAAGCUUUUGAGUGAUAGCUCUGUUCCUCAUUAUUUGUUUAGGAGGUUCUUGCUGUUGUCAGGAGCAUGGAAAGCAUGAAUUUCCAAGUCUAUUCUUUGCUGUAUAUAGAUUCAUUGGAAUGAGGUUAGACGGUUAAAUGAUUCUCAGUUGAUGUUUUGGAAGGUCUUGAGGUUACCUAAAAGGGGUCUGAGAUGCCUUCCUUUCCAGGGGUAGGAAUCAAAAAACGAAAAAUGAAAAAUCAUUUAAAAUUCUGUCCAAUGCCAUAAUAAUUCUUUGUUCCAAUUUCUUGUUUUCCGAGAAUUACUUUGGUUUUCUUUUGCUUGUUGUUUGGUUUGAUGGACAUGGAGAGGAGAGGAGAGGAGGGAAGGAAAUUUUUGUAACUUUUGCUGAAUUCAAAAUUUAGAGGGAAGGAGACUAGAGUCUCUCCUUAAUUAAUUGGUUUAGAUUAUCCUUAAUUCAAUAGAUUUAUGUGAUCAUUUUUAAGGUAUUUAAUGGAAAAUUUGUUUGUUUC